AUGACCACGACGACGACGGCUGCUGCUGCUAGCUUUCUUCCAUCCCUGGCAUUCGGGGUGCCUCCGAUCGGCAUCGGCACCUACGAACUUCGCGGGGACGCCUGUGUGAGCGCCGUGCGGGCCGCUCUCCAGAUGGGCUACCGUCUCAUCGAUACCGCCGCGGCGUACCGCAACGAGGAGCUCGUUGGUGAAGGCAUCAUCAGCAGCGGCGUCCCGCGAGCGGAUCUAUUCAUUGUGGUGAAGAUCGCGAUGAAGAGCAUGGGUGCUGACGAAACGGUGCGGCAGGGAAUCCUCGACAGCAUCCGCAAGCUUCGCAUCGACUCCGCCGACUGCGUGCUGAUGCACUGGCCGGGGUGCGGCGGGCUGAAGCCACAAGACGCAUCAGGUCAUCAAGCGGCCCGCGCGCGGUGCUGGCGCAUCAUGCACGAGCUGCAGGCUCUUGGUAAAGUACGCUACUGUGGUGUGUCGAACUUUCUGCCGCGGCAUUUCAAGGAGCUGAACUGCUUCCACGACGGCGACGGCGGGCGGAGUGAGGAUGAGGCCGUCGCUGCGGCGGCGCAACCGCACGUUUCCAUCAAGGGCAAAAGGAGCAAAGAGGUUGAUGGGCACAGGCAUUGCGGCAACGUGCGCAGUGCCUCCUCACCCUCGUCUUCCGAGGCAUGGCCACCUUCUGCAUCCUCGCAACUUCUUUUGCCGCCCAUCCUUAAUCAAAUUGAGCUGCACCCUCUCUGCAUCCAGCGUGACGUCGACACGUACUGUCGCGGGCGCCACGGUAUGCUGUUGCAGCAGUACUCCCCACUUGGCAAGGGUGACGCGCGUCUCUUGCAGCACCCGCGGCUGCUUGAGGUGCACGCGCAGUACUUUUCGAACCAGAGCGAUGGAAAUCAUGUCUCAGCACCACCGCAAGCGGCGUCGCCUGAGGCCGUCAAGUCGUACUCUUUGGAGGACAUGAUACUCAUGUGGGGCUUCGCACAGGGGUACUGCACGCUGGUGCGGAGUCACAGGCCUGACCACCUCCGCGCCAACUUGGAUGCCGCUCGCGACUAUUUCGCCUCUGUGGAAGCAGUCGCGAAAGGAGCGGGCAACGGCAGGGGCGGCGGUGACACAUCCUGGGCUUCGGCUGGCACGACACGCGCGCUACUGACAGCGGAGCAGCUUGAUGUUAUUCGACAUCUUCGUGCGCACAUUGGCGUCGAGGGCGAGCAAGACAUGCAUCUGUGCUGGUACAGCUCUCAAAUCCCUUGA